UUCUUUGUCUUGUCUCUAGCUUUGUAUGCAGACGAAGAUUACAAAACCUGCAAAAGGACCUGGAAAAAGGUUGGAUGUUAUAGAGAUCUGGUGGAUGGUAAAAGGGCCCUCCCGAAUCAAAUGGUCAACAUUCGUGAUAAAAAGAGCAAGGUCUUUAUCCCACCCAAGUUAGAUUGGAACAAGUAUCCGGAGUCGUUACACAAGUACGCGUCAGAUGGUCUUGUAAUAUUUUUGUGUUACUGAUUUAUGGUUAUAGCCAAGCAAAAGAAAAUGAUGAGCAUACUCCAUAGUCUAUCAGCCCUCGUUAUUUUUUAAGCAGGGACGAUAAUCAAUUGUCUUGCUUAAUCAUCUAGUUUCUCUUCAUACCAUCACAAAUGCGGAAAAAAGGUUCCUUUUUUCAUGGUCUUGAAUAAAAAACACUGCAUCCUUCUAGCCUGAUACAUAUUGUAAGGAGACAGGAAAUUGAACUGGGGUGUUAUUCUUUAUUGAUUUGAAAGCGUUCCUCAAGCAACACUUGAGUGGAGCAAUUACAUCCUCCCGAAGUAAUACCGAUAUUAUCAUUAUCAUUACCCCUUUAAAUCUUUCAACAGCUUAAAUCCAGACUGUGGUAAUUAUGGACUAUGUGGUUCAUGGUAUCUACCCUGCUUGAUAUUUAGUUAUCAUUCUAUAUUUUCAGUCUUGCUUGCCUGUGCGCUGAAAAAGCGCGCGAAAAUGGCUACGAUGCGUUUGCUCUUCAAUUUUACGGCGAGUGUUGGAGUGGAGACAAUGCCAAAGAUCGUUAUGCGAUGUUUGAUGCAGCCAAAGAUGAUAAAUGCAUUAUGAGUGAUUUCGGAGCCUGCGAUAUCAACUCUGAGGAAGAGUGUGUUGGGAAACAGAAAACAAAUUACGUCUACGUUCUGGAGGAAGGUAUCUCCUUUGAUACAUGUUUUACUCUUCUUCCUGAACACUUACGUAAAAACCUUUUGAUUUACGCUAAAAUGUUGCACAUCAUUCCGCAUCAUUUUUCAAUUUUUUCAAUUUUUUUCUUUUAGCAAAUUUACAUUUUUUCCGAAUGAAUGACCUCUUUCUAGGUCUGAGCCGUUUCUAUCUCGGCUUAUUUAAUUUCAUUAUACUUCGUUAAAAUGUCAUUAGUUUCAUUUUUUUUCAUGAAAUUUUAGAACCAAACGCACCCACUGAUGGACAAUGGAGUGAUUGGGGAGACUGGACUCAGUGUGACAAGACUUGUGGAACUGGUAAACAGGUUAGGGAGCGGACUUGCACCAAUCCGCCACCAGAAAAUGGUGGCAAAGGCUGCGAAGGGUCAGCGGAGGAUGUACAAGAUUGCAAGCUGGCUGAAUGUCGUAAGUUUUGACAAAAAUCUUUACUAAGUGGAAUCUAAAAAACACCUUCUCCGUCGCUGUUUGAGCUGAACAAGACGCGUAAAACUUCGGAUUAAUUGUCGUUUCUCUCCUCGAGUUCGAUCUCUGUUUCUCCACAAAAAUAAAGAAGAUUUAUCUUGUUUCAAUUCCUCACUUUAUUGUAAAUCCCCCAAAGGAUCCAGAUAUAGCACACACACUGUCAAUCUCUCCAAUCAACACUCGCAGAGCAUGAAGCACUUCUGGGAGACCAAAUACCCUUAGUCCUAAAAUAUAUUGAAAGGGAUUCUCUUUUUCUUGAAACCUUUAUAGAAGUCGCAAUCUCUAAAGUUAUCUGCUCUCAACGUGCUUCAUGUUUCCUUUUUUUGGGUCAGCAGUUGAUAAAGUGUAUUGCGUUUAAAAAAUAAUUGUUAUUGUUAAUAAUAAUUAUAAUAAUAAUAAUAAUAAUAAAAAUGCUUCGUGCUAACUUUCUUUGCUUUUCUCUUGUUCCUGAUGCCUUAGUAAUCAUACCUGGAUCGAUACUCGCUUACUUUUUCUCCACGAGAGCCCAAACUCAACAUAAGAAAAAAUUUGGUAAGACAUUCAGCUCAGUAUCCAACUAAUUGUCUUACCAUUCAAUUCUUACAUAGCUAUUGAUGGAGGCUACACACCUUGGGAACCUGACACAGAAUGCACCAAGACAUGUGGAGGUGGCACGCAGAAACUGGUGCGAACCUGUACCAAUCCUCCACCUCAACAUGGAGGAAAAGACUGCGUCGGGCCGAACGAAAAAAUUGAGCCAUGCAACGAGUUUCCAUGUGAGUAACAAACGACUUGACCCCUUUAAGGGCAGUUUAAAAUAUCUUAUAAGGGCUAGGACCCUGAUACUGUAUCGGAAGUAUUUAAUGGUCAUAGCUUGCAUUUUCAGUUAUUGGUGAAAAUUUUUAUGAAUGUAAUAGCAAUAUCAGUUUGGCAUACGAGAUGCAGGCAAUUGUGUCACAGAUGUUCUCGUCACCUUUUUUGGCGUCUUCUCUGAUUUUUAACUGAACUGGCGCAGGUGUCGAUGGAAUAUAUUUGCUUUAAACAAUGAACAGAGAGGUAAUUACACAAUUGUCUUGUAGUAAGCGACUCCUCGAAGCUUUAUUUCUGUUCAGGUUAUCAUUCGAGUAGCAAAGAAUGCUAUUGGUCUCUAUUCUCUAACCCACCAAAUAAUCUCGCAAACAUUUUCAAAACCGACUGCCUUGUCUGGCAAAGCAGAGAAAACAGUCAUUAUGGCAUCUCAACCGUGCCUCUACUCUGAUAAAUCAUGGGUAAUGACUCAUCACAGAGCUAGCGCAGAAUAUUUUGUUCAUAACAUACUGAUUAUAGUGGAAUAUUUGAAUAACAUUGGUAAGGAUUGUGCUGGACUAAGAAGCGACUCUAAACCCUUCUCACUAGAAUAGGGGUACAACGCAGAUGGUGCUCACUAAAAAAAAAAUGUUUCCAUAGAUCUUGAACGAAAGGGUUAACCUGUUAUUUGAUGCAAUAUCUACGACUUAUUUCCAGGUCCCACCCCAUGUACUCGCACUCUAGAUCUCGCAGUGAUCCUGGACGCAACUAAAAGCGUGGGAAAGAUAGAGUUUGAGAAAUCCAAGGAUUUCGCACUGGCACUUGUGAAUUGCAUGAACAUCUCUCCCGGUGGAACGCAUCUUGGACUUAUGGUGUACAACAUCAACGCCACGAUCUUAAUAAAGUUUAACGAGGAGGACAAGCAGGACCCUGUGAUCGUUAAAAGUAUUUUAGACCAAACGAACAAGCUCGAAGCAAGAACCUUCACCGAUAGAGCCCUGAUCAAGGCCAACGAUGAGCUCUUUACCAGUGAGGGUGGAGAUCGACCUCAAGCACCGGAUGUGCUUGUUUUGGUAACAGAUGGACGCACCAAUACGGACAGUGUACCAUACGAUGUCGUACUGGCACCACUCAAGGUUGGUUUGUUAAAUAUUUCUUGAUAGGUCUAUGUGUGAUUUAUGACCAGGCAAGAUUUGAGUUGUCAACUCCUCGGCUGUUGGGCUCGGAAUAAUUUCACUUGAUUUGGGUCAUUUUGAGUAAUCUGCGUAAGAAGUCAUCAUCUAAUCUGUUUUCUGUUGGUAUAAAUCUACUCUGAGCGUUCUAUUGCAAAUGCUGUAAUUUGAUUGGCUGCAAUAUUCGCUAUCUACUCCGUGGACACUAGGUAAAGCGAGUGGCCUAACAGCGUGCAGUUGUAAACAAAAUAAUAUAUAAGUAGGAGCCGGUCUCUUUACUAAGUUUAGAACGCCUUGAAGGUUCAUAUUAAAACAAUUAGAUAAUUCACUCUGAACUUCUAUGCGUGUCUAUAGUUGAUUUGGGCUGCGCCCAAAUCAUCGGCUAUAAAGCGAUGGGGAUAGGAGGCUCAUAGUCUAAUUGUUAAUUCAACGAUAAGAGCAAUUGGCCACGCGAGUUGAUAAACCCCUUUGAAUGCGGGAAAACACUCGACAAGGUUGUAAGUCACUCUUCUUUCGACUCGAGGAAUGCACAAACUCUUCUCGUGUUCUUCCCACUUUCCAUGCGGGUUAGUGUCUGAUGCCGGGAAAUAGAUUUCAUUAGAAAGUGCGCUGUGCGGUUUGAUCAGAACGGCGCAAACAAGUUGCAAGAUAAAACUGGCCGAUGUAACACCCCGACAGUGUCCUCACACGGCCAUGAGGAUUUACUGACCUACCAUAUCAUAUGGAUUUCUUCUUAAUUUGCAGGAAAAAGGAGUCAAAAUUAUCGCUGUCGGUGUUGGUGACAAUAUUAAGGUCGAGGAGCUGAAAACGAUCGCUAUGGGCAAAGACGAGAACGUCAUCAAAGUUCACGAUUUUGACAAACUGUUCUAUCAACUGCAAGAUAUCAUCGAUUCUUCCUGUCAGUCGAAAUGUAAGUGA